GACCAGAAAGCCCCCAAAGGCCAAAACUCAGUCACCCCCCCUCUCUGUCUCUCUCUCUCUCUCUCUCUCUCUGUGAUCGAAUCCAAUUCCAUAUCCGUACGAUGCCUUCCCGCAGAAGAACCCUCUUGAAGGUCAUCAUCCUUGGCGACAGCGGGGUGGGGAAGACCUCCUUGAUGAAUCAAUAUGUAAAUAGGAAGUUUAGCAAUCAAUACAAGGCGACAAUUGGAGCCGACUUUUUGACGAAAGAAGUGCAGUUCGAAGAUAGGCUAUUCACCUUACAGAUCUGGGAUACAGCUGGCCAGGAAAGAUUCCAAAGCCUAGGUGUUGCUUUCUACCGGGGGGCUGAUUGCUGUGUUCUUGUAUAUGAUGUUAAUUCCAUGAAAUCAUUUGACAACCUUAACAACUGGAGAGAAGAAUUCCUUAUUCAGGCAAGUCCUUCAGAUCCAGAAAAUUUCCCAUUUGUUGUUCUAGGAAACAAGGUUGAUAUAGAUGGUGGAAAUAGUAGAGUGGUUUCGGAGAAAAAGGCUCGAGCUUGGUGUGCAUCAAAAGGAAAUAUUCCAUACUUCGAGACCUCUGCCAAGGAGGGUAUUAAUGUGGAAGAAGCCUUCCAGUGCAUAGCUAAGAAUGCCCUGAAGAGUGGUGAAGAGGAAGAAAUAUACUUGCCGGACACCAUUGAUGUUGCAAGCAGCAGUCAGCAGCGAUCAACUGGUUGCGAAUGCUAAAUAAUAUUGCCUGAUUUUUUUUUUUUCCAGUUAAAUAAAUCAUCUUUAGAAAGUACUGGAAACGAUUUGGACCAUUAAACCAUUUUCAUUGGUAUGUACGAGGCUAUGCUGUACAUUAGUGUGUGAAACAAAUUGGUCUAUUAAUCUUGGUUGGUUUUGGUUAUUGUUGCCUUUGUGUAAGUGCUGCUUUAUUUGAUCAAGUUACAUUGAUUAUGGAUGUUGUUGUU